AUGCCAUGUGCCCAGAGGAGCUGGCUUGCACACCUUGGCGUCCUGGCUCACCUCCUUAGCUUUGGGGCGCUGGGCCAUGGGCGACAGCCUGAGGCGGGCGCAGUGCGCUUCCCCGACAGGAGGCAAGAGCGUUUUGUCCGGGCACUACCCGAGUAUCACGUGGUGGGGCCUGUCCGCGUGGACGCAAGUGGACGUUUUCUGUCUUAUGGCUUGAACCAUCCAACCACUACCACCACCAGCAGCAGCAGGCAGAAGAGGGAUUUGGAUGGCCGGGAGGAGCAGGUGUACUACAAACUCUCACACGAGGACAAGGAUCUGCUUUUUAACAUGACGGUUCAUCGCGGAUUUCUUUCCAGUAGCUACGUUGUGGAGAGGCGGUAUGGGAACCUCUCCCAUGUUACGAUGGCAGCUUCCUCCGCGCCCCCUUGUCAUCUCAGGGGCACAGUUCUGCAGCAGGGGACCAGCGUCGGGACCGCAGCCCUCAGUGCCUGCCACGGACUGACUGGAUUUUUCCAUCUACCGCAUGGAGACUUUUUCAUUGAGCCCGUGAAAAAGCAUCCACUGGCUGAGGGACAGUACCACCCACACAUCAUUUAUAGGAGCCAGAGGCACGGAGCUUCAGAGAUGAAGGAGGCAACUUGUGGACUAAAUGACAGUUCUGGCACUUUUCAAAAGCAAGAGCUACAGAGGGAGAAGUGGGAGAGGAACCACUUGCCAAGCAGAAGUGUCUCUCGACGUUCCAUCAGCAAAGAGAGAUGGGUGGAGACCCUGGUGGUGGCCGACACGAAGAUGGUUGAGUAUCAUGGGAGCGAGAAUGUGGAAUCCUACAUCCUCACUAUCAUGAACAUGGUCACUGGGUUGUUCCAUAAUCCAAGUAUUGGCAAUGCGAUCCACAUUGUAGUCGUUCGACUCAUUCUGCUUGAAGAAGAAGAGCAAGGUCUGAAAAUAGUGCACCACGCAGAGAAGACACUGUCCAGCUUCUGUAAGUGGCAGAAGAGCAUCAACCCCAAGAGUGACCUCAACCCUGCCCAUCACGACGUGGCUGUCCUUCUCACCAGAAAAGAUAUCUGUGCUGGUGUUAAUCGUCCCUGCGAGACUCUGGGUCUGUCCCACCUGUCGGGAAUGUGCCAGCCUCACCAGAGCUGUAACAUCAAUGAAGAUUCUGGACUUCCUCUGGCUUUCACCAUUGCCCAUGAACUUGGACACAGCUUUGGCAUCCAGCACGAUGGGAAGGAGAAUGACUGUGAGCCCGUGGGCAGACACCCGUACAUCAUGUCCCGCCAGCUCCAGUAUGAUCCCACCCCGCUGACCUGGUCCAAGUGCAGCAAGGAGUACAUCACCCGCUUUUUAGAUCGAGGUUGGGGUUUCUGCCUUGAUGACAUCCCCAAAAAGAAAGGCUUGAAGUCCAAGGUCAUUGCCCCAGGAGUGAUCUAUGAUGUUCACCACCAAUGCCAACUACAAUAUGGUCCCAAUGCUACCUUCUGCCAGGAAGUAGAAAAUGUCUGCCAGACCCUGUGGUGCUCGGUAAAAGGCUUUUGUCGCUCAAAGUUGGACGCUGCUGCCGAUGGGACAAGGUGUGGCGAGAAGAAGUGGUGUAUGGCUGGCAAGUGCAUCACAGUGGGGAAGAAGCCAGAGAGCAUCCCAGGAGGCUGGGGCCGCUGGUCCCCCUGGUCUCACUGCUCCAGGACGUGCGGGGCUGGAGUCCAGAGUGCAGAGAGGCUUUGCAACAACCCUGAGCCAAAGUUUGGCGGGAAGUACUGCACCGGAGAAAGAAAACGCUAUCGUCUAUGCAACGUCCACCCGUGCCGCUCAGAGGCACCCACAUUUCGGCAGAUGCAGUGCAGCGAAUUUGACACGGUUCCCUACAAGAAUGAAUUCUACCACUGGUUUCCUGUUUUCAAUCCAGCACAUCCUUGUGAGCUCUACUGUCGACCCAUAGAUGGUCAGUUUUCCGAGAGGAUGCUGGACGCUGUCACUGACGGGACCCCUUGCUUUGAAGGCGGCAACAGCAGGAAUGUCUGUAUUAAUGGCAUAUGUAAGAUGGUCGGCUGUGACUAUGAGAUCGAUUCCAACGCCACGGAGGAUCGCUGUGGCGUGUGCCUUGGGGACGGCUCUGCCUGCCAGACUGUGAGGAAGAUAUUUAAACAGAAAGAAGGCUCUGGUUACGUGGACAUUGGCCUCAUUCCAAAAGGAGCCAGGGACAUACGGGUGAUGGAGGUUGAGGGAGCUGGGAACUUCCUAGCCAUCAGGAGUGAAGACCCAGAAAAAUAUUACCUGAAUGGAGGGUUUAUCAUCCAGUGGAAUGGGAACUACAAGCUGGCAGGGACAGUCUUUCAGUAUGACAGGAAAGGUGACCUGGAGAAGCUGAUGGCAGCAGGGCCCACCAAUGAAUCCGUGUGGCUCCAGCUCCUGUUCCAGGUGACUAACCCUGGCAUUAAGUAUGAGUACACAAUCCGGAAGGACGGCUUUGACAAUGACGUGGAGAAGCUAGAGUACUUCUGGCAGUACGGCCGCUGGACAGAGUGCAGUGCUACGUGCGGGACAGGUAUCCGCCGCCAGACUGCUUAUUGCAUAAAGAAGGGACGAGGAGCAGUGAAGGCAACAUUCUGUGACCCAGAUACCCAGCCCAGUGCACGACAGAAGAAGUGCCAUGAAAAAGACUGCCCACCCAGGUGGUGGGCUGGGGAGUGGGAAGCAUGUUCAGCAACCUGUGGACCCCAUGGUGAGAAGAAGCGGACGGUCCUGUGUAUCCAGACUAUGGGCUCUGAUGAGCAGGCUCUCCCAGCUACAGAUUGCCAGCAUCUGCUGAAGCCCAAGCCCCUUGUAUCCUGCAACAGAGACAUCUUGUGUCCAUCGGACUGGACUGUGGGCAACUGGAGCGAGUGCUCUGUUUCCUGUGGUGGUGGCGUGCGCAUCCGCAGCGUGACUUGUGCCAAAAACAAUGAUGAGCCUUGCGAUGUGACAAAGAAGCCCAAUAGCCGAGCUCUGUGUGGCCUCCGGCAGUGCCCUUCUAACAGAAGAGUUCUGAAACCCAACAGAGAUAUACUCUUCACUGGGAAAAACUUACCACCAUCUGAGAAAGACCCCUCAAUAAUACCCCUCCCUCCACCAGCAUCCAGUCCCAGAACGCCAGCCAGUCCAAACACUGUGACUAUCAGGAUUCCCAGUCCUACCACAGCCUCCCAAGAAGAUGUGGAUUGGAAACAGUGGCAAAAUAGUUCAACCCAGCCUGAGUUGGGUUCCCAUUCCCUCAUUCCCACUGGAACUACUGCCCAGCCCACACUCACUUCGUUGGCCCUUAGUAUCCAGCCAAGAGAAGAGAAUGUUACCAAUUCAAUCACGGUUCUCACCUCUGAGGUAUACUUUGUACCCACAUCAGCAAGCAGUUCUGACUUUUCACCUUUCAGUAACACUGUGACUGAACAAGUGACUCCGUUCUACAGCACUUUGACCAAAGAGCCAGAAAUGGAGAUUCUUAGUGGCUCAGGAGAGUACAGUGAACAACCAGAAAACGAGGAAAACAACCCUGUAAUAUGGACAGACAGCAGAGUGCAUCAGAACAAUUCACCAGUGGUAGGAAGUACACAAAUACCACUUGAACCUCCACCAAUACCGCAUCUCAGGGAGGAGUCCUUGGGGCCACCCUUCAGCACAGUGAUGGAAGGACUACUACCCAGCCCAACCCCCACCCCCCUCAAAACAGGUACACCCAGAGUUCAGGGGAUAUCCACCACAAAUCCAGCUAAGACUCCGCUCCUUCUGCGAGGAGAUGACCAGCCAGCACCCUCGGGAGAGUCCAUAACCCAUAACCUUCUGGAAAUGCCAACCAACCUGAAUCUCACACAGAGUUCUGGGCAAGUCCUGACAGAGGAGGAUGCAAUGAGCCUCAUUGCUGAGGGGUUUUUGCUGAAUGCCUCUAGUUACAAGCAGCUCACGACGGAACACAGCUCUGCAUACUGGAUUGUUGGGAACUGGAGUGAGUGCUCCACCACGUGCGGGCUGGGGGCCUACUGGAGGAGCGUGCAGUGCAGCACCCGGAUGGACACAGACUGCGCGGGCACCCAGAAGCCAGACCCCGCCAAGAAGUGCCACCUCCGGCCCUGCGCCGGCUGGAAAGUGGGGAACUGGAGCAAGUGCUCCAGAAACUGCAGUGGGGGCUUCAAGAUCCGCGAGAUUCAGUGUGUGGACAGCCGGGACCACCGGAACCUGAGACCGUUUCACUGCCAGUUUCUGGCCGGGAUUCCUCCCCCUUUGAGCAUGAGCUGUAACCUGGAGCCCUGUGAGGAGUGGCAGGUGGAGCCCUGGGGCCAGUGUUCCAAGUCCUGUGGAGGCGGAGUUCAGGAGAGAAGAGUGUCUUGUCCUGGAGGCUUCUGUGAUUGGACAGAAAGGCCCAUGCCCACUGCACCCUGCAACACACACCCUUGCUGUCACUGGGCCGUAGGGAGCUGGAACCCGUGCACCAUUUCCUGUGGAGGUGGCCUUCAGAAGAGGACUGUCCAUUGUGUUUCCUCAGAGGACAAUACAACUGAAGACCAAGAGGGCUGUCUGUGUGAUCAUGAACCCAAACCUCCAGAAUUCCAAAAAUGUAACCAGCAAGCCUGCAGGAAGAGUGCUGAUCUACUUUGCACCAAGGACAAGCUGUCAGCCAGCUUCUGCCAGACCCUGAAAGCCAUGAAGAAAUGCUCUGAGCCCACUGUCAGGACUCAGUGCUGCCUCACGUGUCCGCAAACCCGCAUUGUUCACCCGCAGAGGCCAAGAAAGCGUCUGCCUCUCCGAAGCCCCCAGUCACUCUAA